AAAUAUCCAUCCAAACGAAAGACCUUCAACUGACUUAUUUGAUAAUCUCGGCGACUUUUGCGAUCUAUCUGUCAGAGGUCAAACCGGAUCAAAAAUAGGCUGAGACCCCACGGAAGGCAGCCGGAGAUGGGCAGCGGAACAUCCAAGCAAAGCGCCCGGCGGAAGAAAGGCGCCCCGCUCCCGCCGCCGGACUCCCCCAAGCCUCUGGACCCGCGGCUGAGACUGCACCCCAGGGAAAAGUUCUUCCUGCAGAAGUCGUGGAAAACCGUGGCAAGGAACGAGGAUACAGCGGCUAUGGCCAUGUUUAUCAACCUCUUUCGAUGCAGUCCUGAGAUCAAAGACAAGUGGCCACAGCUGCGGCAGUUGACGGAGGAUGAAAUGCGGAGCAGUCCGUACCUACAGAAGUUGUCAGUACGGAUCCUGAGCGCGAUGGACCAUGUAGUAGACUCCCUGGAUGACCCAGACUAUCUAAUCCCUGAGCUUAAGAAGCUAGGACAGAUGCACGCUGACAUGACCAACCCCAUCAUACUGCCGGAGGACCUCUGGAAGCUGGAGGGCCCAUUCCUGGCAGCUGUAGGCACAGUUAUGGAGGACAGGUUCACACGGAAGUACCAGGACAUCUACCAGAAGUUCAUCAUCUUUGUGCUGGAAACUAUCGUCAUCGGCUUCGACCCACACUGA